UAGGCGGCGGAGGAGGAAGAGCAAGAGGCGGAAGCGGACGAGGAGCCGGCCGGGAGCGAGACAGAGGAUUAGAGACUGAACCAGUCGCCCUCGUGCUUUUCGAUUCCCGUCAUUCAAACGCCGCUCCAGGCGAACUCUGUCGGGCCAAUGUGUCUGGCGCCGCGACCAGGUCCCCGUUCCGUUAGCGAUCCCGAAUAGCGUCUUCGAUCCGGAAGACCGUCGAUCUUCUCGAAAAUCGAUCCUCGACCGAAGCUUCACAAUCUGAUCCACUCGGAUGAUUAUCAGUUCGACUUAAUAACUUCGGUUGCAAUCGUUCGCUUUGGCAGACUAUACUCCCCCCUAAGAUACACCGAAACACCAUUGAAGAUUCCUUCGUGAAUGGCGAGAUCAGUGUAGAAGAACUGUGCGCGAACCGUGAGCCAUGUGUCUUCCUCAGUGAUCGGCUACUCGUUCGAGUAAAAGUCAAAGGAACCGAUGAAGACGAAGCGCGUCGUUUAGACCGACGGUGGAACAAACAGCUCUGCCAGGCUCCGGGACACCGUACGAUCCGUUUGGUAGCGGACGUCGGCCUGUUUUCACGACGUAUAGGCUUUCAUUGGGUAGCAUAGACGGCUCUCGGAGCCGAUCCGAGGACGAGUUUAGACGUUUGAAUGGAGCACCGAUGGAAAGCCGUUCGGAGCAGCACGUGGUAGAAUCGCGGCGGACGCGAAGAAACGUCCUCGAUCAAUCGGCUUCGGUACCGGAAGAGGAAGGGGCGCCAUUGUGAUACGCUCGGAGCUUGUCAGUGAUCCGUUGCCCGCUGGAACGCCGCGUUCCUUUCCUCGCGUUCUCCAGUUUCUCCCGUCCUAAACCGUGGUCGCUGCUAUUAUUGCGGUGCCGCCUAAAUAUAGGUGAGACCGUAUGCUUGACGCAAAUCGAAAACAGAACCCAUACACACACGCGCGCGCGUCCGACUUUUUAUUUCGACUUCGACGUCGCCGAGUCUCGCGCACCUCGCCGAUACCGUCACGGUUUUAUUUUCCAAUCGGCGGCCACGGAACGAUCGGGGCGCGAUCAUGGGAUCCACGCGUUGGUUGUUCUUCUGCGUCUGCAUCGUCGGUAUUACAGACGCAUUGUACAGUGAAAAUCAAAUUGGGGAGCCGCUUUUUAACUACAACGGAGCAAAACGGUCUCAUUGUCCGCCAAUAAACCAUAAACAGCCGACCAAUCGACAGAGCACUUCGUUGAGAUUGAAGCAAUUACGCUCGGAAAUGGUCCGCGUUGCUUCCAUUCAAGGACCGGCUCUAGACGGAUACAUUGUCACUUCAGACGAUGCACAUCAGACAGUGAACUACGUUAGUCACGGCCGAGAGGGCCCGUUGGAGAGCGAGUCGGUAGAUCCCCGGGACAUGAGAAGAGAAUUCAUCACCGGGUUCGAUGGUAGUGCCGGUGACGCUGUCAUUACGCUGAACAAAGCUGUGUUUUGGACCGACGGAAGGUAUCAUGUGCAGGCAGACCAACAGCUUGAUUGCAAUUGGAUGCUCAUGAAACGCGGCAGGGAAGAGGUACCUACUAUACCAGACUGGCUGACACACGAAUUCGGAAACGGUCCUCCGGUGCGUAUUGGCGCUGAUCCAACGUUAGUUCCCAACGUCCUUUGGUCGACGUGGGAAGAAUAUUUAGCGAAUUCAUCCGUAAAAUUGGUUCCCGUCCGUAACAACCUGGUGGACUUGAUCUGGCAGGUCGGCCGACCGAAUUACAAUCCGCACCCGGCUUAUCCGUUGCCGGACAAGUUCUCCGGAAGAGCCUGGCAGGAAAAGGUCCGGCUGGUCCGGGCGGAAAUGAAAGACUCGGGCGCCGAUGCUCUCGUCGUCACCGCGCUCGACGAAAUAGCCUGGCUAUUGAAUAUUCGUGGCUACGACUUGCCCGACACGCCCGUCUUACGAGCGUACGUUGUCGUUGCCCAAGGCGCGUUACAUCUGUACACGCCCAGGCACAAAAUGCCGAGCUCGGUCGAGGUGCAUUUGAAGGUAGACUACUGCAACCAUGAGAACUGCGUGAGAUGGCAUAACUAUACUUCUAUUUGGUCCGACUUGCGGACCAUGUCGCAAGCAUGGAAAACGGUAUGGUUGCCAACACGAUGCGGAUACACUCCAGGCGUUUCCAAGGAAGUGUACGAUUCUAUUCCGCCAGAGAAACGUAUGUCGAAACCGUCGCCGAUCGUAAAUUUUCGAGCGCAGAAAAACGCGAUCGAGGCGCAAGGCAUGCGAAUAUCUCAUCUGAGGGACGCGGUGGCGAUGUGCGAUUUUUUGGCGUACAUGGAGGAACAGUACGAUCUGAAUUCGAACGGUUGGGACGAGAUGCAGGUAGCUAGAUUGGCGAACGAAUUUCGUUACGAGCAGGAUAACAAUCGAGGUAUCUCAUUUCCUACUAUCGCCGGAUACGGGCCUCAUGCCGCGAUCCCUCAUUACGAACCUAACAAUCUCACGAACAUUAUGAUUGGGAAAACGUCUACUUUGGUAGUGGACUCCGGAGGUCAAUACUUAGAUGGAACAACUGACGUAACGAGAACCCUCCAUUUCGGAAUUCCGACGGAAGAACAGAAGAAAGCGUACACAAGGGUACUGAUUGGAGCAAUACAAUUAUCGUCCAUGGUUUUCCCAAGCAACGUGAAAGUCAGCCAGUUGGAUGCUGUUGCACGAUUCCCAUUGUGGAACGUCGGUUACGACUAUUUGCAUGGAACAGGCCAUGGGAUCGGUCACUUCUUAUCUGUCCACGAAUCACCUAUUAGUAUAUCCUACUUGCAAGUGGCCACAUCAGACACAACGUGUGGACCAGUCGAAUUGCAACCAGGGUUCUUCCUGACUAAUGAACCAGGAUACUACAAAGAAGGGGACUUUGGUGUGCGUUUGGAGAACGUUCUCGAGGUCGUAGAAGCGAGUGCAUCGGGAGACGCGGAUACCUUUCUGAAAUUCAGAGAUGUAACGCUGGUUCCGUACGAGCCAAAGCUGAUCGACGUCAGCAUGCUGAACCCUUCUCACAGACGUUGGCUGAAUAAUUACAACCGUCGAAUUCGAAACGAGGUCGGCUCGGAGCUAAAGAGAAGGCUCAAAAUGAACGCUUUCGAUUGGCUACUGAGGAAAACGGCAGCCAUUCCGGAAUUGAGUCCGGUCGAUGAAGGGUUAUUUUUCGGCUUCUCCAGCUCGCCGUCUUCCACAUUUAAACAAUUCCAUGUCUUAAUUUUCGUGAUCCUUAUUUGCCACGUUCUACUCGGUCUUUCAAAUAUAUGGAGUUAACUAAAGGAAAAGAAGUUCUUAGAGUUUACAAAGUGAGUGAUAAUAAACAGAUUAAAUGUAAGCUUAUUUAUAUAGUACAUUGAUUAUAUUUGUUAUAUCGUAUUUAAACAAAUGUAUAGACAGGGAACUGUUUCUCGACGCUGGUGCUGGUUAUUUGUUUUAUAUUAAAAGUUGGAAAUUUCUAUUAUACAGGGUUUUUUUUGAUAGAACUACCAGUUUUUGUUAUCAUUAAAUAAGCAAAAACAAGCAUAACCAAAAGUUAAAAAAAUAUGAUCAUAUCUUUACCUGUAAUGUAUUUUUAGUUCUUUAAUUGCUUAUGUUGUUCGAAAUUUUGUAGUCACUGAUUUUCACGGAGUCGCUUGUGGUUUAACGCUUUAAUUUUCGUAUUUAUUGAAUUAUAAAAGCACAGAGACAGAAAUCUCUCCAUAAACAGAUAAACGCAAUAACUAAAAGUAUAUUGUUACUUGUUCUAACAAACAUAUUUUGAAAACAACUAGUAGUUUCUGUUGAAAAACCCUAAGCAAUAUACACUUAUUAUUAAUCACAAAAGUCUAUGUUCAUCUGAUAAAUUUCAAAUAUUCAAGAAAAACAAUGGAUUUAUUACUUCAACUUGAACAGAUUUUAAAACGUACUUGUGAGGAAGAAGUAUUUAUAUUCAUCAAAUUUCAUUACCUUGAUUAGAGAUAAUGCAAUAAAUAUUUGCAAAAUGUCCAAAAAUUUUGUCUCCAGUAUUUGAUACUUAUCGGAUGUACAUGCGCAUCUGUGACUAUAGUAAAAUAAGCACUUUAGUCUAAAGUAGAAGUUGUAUUUAGAAUCGUAAUUGUAACAAAUUAUAAUUGAAUAGAAUUGAUAGAGAAAUAUUAAAAGGUUUGAGUGCUAGAAAAUGUAGAAAAGAGGAUGAUAAUAGAAACAACGUAUGAUCGCUUGAUCGAUUAUACAUUUUUGUAAAUACAUGUAUGUAAUUUAUUGUACAACAUAAAAAUAUAGAGUAGGCAUACUUGUAUAUUACCUCCUCCCUGACCAGUAAAACAUUGGAUCAUAUUAAUUUCUAUAAGUUCAUCAAAUGUACUAUAUUGAAUAAAAGCCAGCUGACUUAGCUUGUACAGAUUA